GUGAACUGAAGACACUGAAGCCCCUGGACCGCGAGGAGUGCGACGAGUACCGCUUCAAAGUGCGAGCGGUGGAUGGCGCCGGGCGCUUCUGCGAGGCCAACGUGCACGUGUCCGUGCGUGACGUCAACGACAACGCACCCGAGUUCGCCGCCGACCCGUACGCCAUCACCGUCUUCGAGAACACCGAGACGGGAACCUUCGUGGCUAAGCUGCAGGCCGACGACGCCGACAGCGGUCUAAAUGGCGACGUGGUCUACUCGCUGCUGGAUUCUGCCGACGGCUGGUUCGCCAUCGACGAACUGAGCGGCAUCAUCAGCCUAGAACGACCGCUGGACCGCGAGGCGCGCGCCCUGUACGAGCUGGAGGCCCGCGCAGCCGAUCGCGGCUCGCCACGCCUGUGGGCGACGUGCCGCGUGCUGGUCUCUGUGCUGGACAUCAACGACAACCCGCCCGUGUUCGAACGGCGAGAGUACGCCGCCGCCGUGCCCGAGGACGCGGCUGUGGGCGGACAAGUGCUCAGGGUCCAGGCCGCCAGCCGAGACGUGGAGGCCAGCGGGGAGAUCGCAUAUAGCAUCGUCAGCGGAAACGAGCACGGGGCAUUCAGCGUGGAUCCGAGCACGGGCGACAUCUUUGUGAUCGCGCCGCUGGACUACGAGUUGUCUCACGAGUUCUACAUCACUGUGGAGGCCACCGAUGGGGGCUCGCCGCCCCUCAGCGACAUGGCCACUGUCAACAUCAACGUGACCGACGUCAACGACAACGCGCCCGUCUUCAGCCAGCGCGUCUACGCCGCCGUCGUCGGCGAAGACGCCGAGCUGGGCAAGACUGUCUUGACGGUGAUGGCCGAGGAUGCAGACGGGCCGUCGUACAACCGCGUGCGCUACGCCGUCAUGGACGGCAACGGCGGCAGCCCCUUCAUCAUCGACCCCAUACGAGGCGAGCUCAAAGUGGCCCGGCAGCUGGACCGGGAACAG